AUGUUACCCAGACCCCCAAUCCACUGGAUUUUGGACUUCGACGGCACGAUAACCCAACAAGACACCCUCAACACCCUCGUCUCCAUAUCCGCAGCUACCAAGCCCUCCUUCCCCACCUCUGAACACUGGUCACGGGUCACAAAAGCCUACCUGGACGACUACAGCUCGACACUAUCCCAUCUCGCACCAGCCAAAAAGCUACCAUCCACCCUCCCCGAGGAAAAAAAACGCCUACUAAACCUGCGCCCCGUCGAAGAACGAAGUCUAGCCCGCGUCUCGGCGUCAUCAAUCUUCACUGGCUUAACAUGGCAACAACUCCACACUGGCGCCCAGCAGGCCGUCCACCAAGGCCAGGUAAGACCACGAACUGGCUUCACAACAUUCUAUAACUCCAUCAACUCCCCAUCACAAGCAAAUCCUCAAAAUCAAGACAAAACAGCAAUCCUAAGCGUAAACUGGAGCUCUCACUUCCUUCACGCCUGUCUCUCCGCCUUCUCCCCUUGUCUUUCCCCCACAAUCCUAGCAAACGACCUCGACUCCCUUUCCCCGGCCACCCCUUCCACCCCUUCCACCGGCCACAUCACCCCGAAUAUCCUCUCCAGUGGCGACAAACUACAGCACCUGGAGCGCUUGCGCGCCCAAGACGCCAUGCGCCGUCCCAUUGUGUACGUGGGGGAUAGCUGGACGGAUAUCGAGGCGCUGCUGGCUGCGGAUUUGGGUAUCUGCGUGAGGGAUGAGCCGCUGGGCGAGUCGCAGAGGCAGCUUACGGAUGCGUUGGAAAGGGUGGGGGUGCGGUGUUUAAGGCUGAGGGAGUUGGGGGAGUGGAGGGUUGGGGAAGGGAGGGGAGAGGAGGGAGGAGGAAGGGUAGUGUGGGUGAGGGAUUGGGAGGAGAUUAGGGAGUUUAGUGAGGGUAGGGCUUUUCCCGAAGGAUGA